AAAUGAUAAUACGGUAACCUGCUCCUUGAAUUUCCUUCAUUAAUUUUUGUUGACAUCCAUUCCUGCUUCAAUUUUCGAUAAUUUUUUGUGUGAAAAAGCGAUUUUUCAAUCGUCAACGAUGUCAAAAGAACCAGAAAAAGGCGGUCCAAAAUCCACUGCCGGAAAAAAGGGCAUGUUGUAUUCGCUAAAAAAUGGACAAACUUAUGCGAUUCAAGAAAAUGAGAUAAUGAACAAGUGUCGCAUGGUUACGGAAUUCGAAAAGCUCAAUCGCAUCGGCGAAGGCACUUACGGGAUCGUUUUUCGUGCCCGCGAUACGCGUUCAAACGAAAUUGUAGCGCUGAAAAAAGUUCGUUUCGACCCGGAGAUGUUCAAAGAUGGUUUCCCGAUAAGCGGAUUGCGCGAAAUUCAGGUUUUGAAGGCUUGUAACAACGAAAAUAUCGUUCGCUUGAAGGAAGUUGUCGUCGGCCGGAGCUUGGAAAGUAUUUUUCUCGUCAUGGAAUAUUGCGAACAGGAUCUUGCCUCGCUUUUGGACAACAUGAGUGAACCUUUUAACGAAAGUCAAGUCAAAUGUAUCAUCUUGCAACUGCUGAAAGGCUUGAAUUAUCUUCACAAUAAUUUUAUAAUCCAUCGCGAUAUAAAAGUUUCGAACCUACUGAUGACUGACAAAGGUUGCCUGAAAAUUGCGGAUUUCGGGCUUGCACGAUUUUUCGGUUUGCCACAGCAAAAAACGAUGACGCCGGGACUUGUAACGUUAUGGUAUCGCCCUCCCGAGUUGCUAAUGGGCUCAAAGCAGCAAACGACAGCGAUCGAUAUGUGGGCAGUUGGAUGCAUUUUGGGCGAAUUAUUGAUCCAUCAACCGCUGUUGCCGGGAAAAACGGAAAUUGGGCAGCUUCAGCUCAUAAUUGAUCUCUUGGGAACCCCUUCGGAAGCAAUUUGGCCUGAAUUUUCAACCUUACCUGGCAUUGACAACUUUGUUUUGAAGCAACAACCUUACAAUAACUUGAAACAAAAAUUUCCGUAUCUCUCGCCAGCCGGGCAUCGCCUUCUGAAUUUCUUAUUUAUGUAUGAUCCGAACAAAAGAGCAACUGCAAGUGCUUGUCUUCAAUCUUCUUACUUCAAGGAAACUCCAACGCCCUGUGAUCCAAAGCUCAUGCCGACUUUUCCGCAUCAUCGAAACAUGAAAACGACAGAAAAACCUCAAAAUAACGUCGAAAAACGCGAUUCGCGUCACGAAAAUAUUUCCAUAAGCGACUUUUUAGGAAGUCUCGUGAAAAAGAAGAGAUUUGAAUAAAAAAAAAUAAUUAAUUUUUAUUUCUUUCC